CUCGCGCGCGCCCGUCGGAGCCGAGCGCGUCUGCGGGGCGGCGGGCUUGGGUUGCAGCCGGCGGAGCGCGCUGCCCACCCGGGGAGGGACCCCGAAACUCGCGCCGCAGCACCAUGGCCCCCAUCGGGCUCAAAGCCGUGGUUGGAGAGAAGAUCAUGCACGAUGUGAUAAAGAAGGUCAAGAAGAAGGGAGAGUGGAAGGUGCUAGUGGUGGACCAGCUGAGCAUGCGGAUGCUCUCGUCCUGCUGCAAGAUGACAGACAUCAUGACCGAGGGGAUCACAAUUGUAGAAGACAUUAACAAGCGCAGAGAGCCACUCCCCAGCCUGGAGGCCGUGUACCUCAUCACCCCGUCUGAGAAGUCUGUCCACUCACUCAUCAGUGACUUCAAGGAUCCACCAACUGCCAAGUACCGGGCUGCGCACGUAUUCUUCACCGACUCCUGCCCUGACGCGCUAUUCAACGAGCUGGUCAAAUCUCGAGCGGCCAAAGUCAUCAAGACGCUGACAGAGAUCAACAUUGCAUUCCUCCCCUACGAGUCCCAGGUGUACUCCCUGGAUUCUGCCGACUCCUUCCAGAGCUUCUACAGCCCCCACAAGGCCCAGAUGAAGAGCCCGAUCCUGGAGCGCCUGGCUGAGCAGAUCGCCACCCUGUGCGCCACGCUGAAAGAGUACCCUGCCGUGCGGUAUCGGGGGGAGUAUAAGGACAAUGCCCUGCUGGCACAGCUCAUCCAGGACAAGCUGGACGCCUACAAAGCCGAUGACCCCACCAUGGGUGAGGGCCCAGACAAGGCGCGCUCCCAGCUCCUGAUCCUGGAUCGUGGCUUUGACCCCAGUUCCCCGGUCCUCCAUGAACUGACCUUUCAGGCCAUGAGCUAUGACCUGCUGCCUAUUGAGAACGAUGUCUACAAGUACGAGACAAGUGGCAUCGGAGAGGCCCGAGUGAAGGAGGUGCUUCUGGACGAGGACGACGACCUGUGGAUCGCACUGCGCCACAAGCACAUCGCAGAAGUGUCCCAGGAAGUCACACGGUCUCUGAAAGACUUUUCCUCCAGCAAGAGAAUGAACACUGGGGAGAAGACCACAAUGCGGGACCUGUCCCAGAUGUUGAAGAAGAUGCCACAGUAUCAGAAGGAGCUCAGCAAGUAUUCCACCCACCUGCAUCUGGCCGAGGACUGCAUGAAGCACUACCAGGGCACCGUGGACAAGCUGUGCCGAGUGGAGCAGGACCUGGCCAUGGGGACGGACGCCGAAGGGGAGAAGAUCAAGGACCCCAUGAGAGCCAUUGUCCCCAUCCUGCUGGAUGCCAACGUCAGCACCUAUGACAAGAUCCGCAUCAUCCUGCUCUACAUCUUUCUGAAGAAUGGCAUUACUGAGGAGAACCUGAACAAGCUGAUCCAACAUGCACAGAUCCCCCCGGAGGACAGCGAGAUCAUCACCAACAUGGCGCACCUCGGGGUGCCCAUCGUCACCGACUCCACACUGCGUCGCAGGAGCAAGCCGGAGCGGAAGGAACGCAUCAGUGAGCAGACCUACCAGCUCUCCCGCUGGACCCCGAUUAUCAAGGAUAUCAUGGAGGACACGAUCGAGGACAAACUUGACACCAAGCACUACCCGUACAUCUCCACCCGCUCCUCGGCUUCCUUCAGCACCACGGCAGUCAGCGCCCGCUAUGGGCACUGGCACAAGAACAAGGCCCCCGGGGAGUACCGUAGCGGCCCCCGCCUCAUCAUCUUCAUCCUGGGGGGCGUGAGCCUGAGUGAGAUGCGCUGCGCCUAUGAGGUGACCCAAGCCAACGGCAAGUGGGAAGUGCUCAUUGGUUCUACUCACAUUCUUACUCCCACCAAAUUUCUCAUGGACCUGAGACACCCCGACUUCAGGGAGUCCGCUAGGGUCUCUUUUGAGGAUCAGGCUCCAGCAAUGGAGUGAGAGCCAAAGAAACAAAGAUCCACGCACAUUCUCACCCCACAGAAAUUGCUGGACACGCUGAAGAAACUGAAUAAAACAGACGAAGAAAUAAGCAGUUAAAUAAGCCGCUGCCCCCCCUUCUCAGCCCACCCUGACCCCGCGGCGCCCGCCUCCCACCCACCCCUGGCUCUGCACGCACAGUCGCCACCGCGUUCUCGUGUCUAGUGACGCCCCUUCUCGUGUGAAACAGGAGAAAAUGAUGCAUCGUGUGUUCUGGAAAGAGUGUGUCCCCCGUACCCGAGCAGGGAGACACCUCUGGGUACUCGAGGUCAGAGAUGCUAAGAAGCUGCCCAGUGACCAAAGGCGUCUCCCAUCCCUUUCCUGGGACUCUCAAGGCACGGGGAGGAAGAUAUCGAGGUGCAGGGGGUCACUGCUGCUUCUAUUGGUCCCCUUUCACCAGUUGUUGGCUCAGGAAGCAUCUCCGGACUUGAGGCUCCCCCUGGACCCCUGACUCUGCUCUCUCCCACUGUCCUCCAUGUUGGUUUGCAGGGGGGAUCAGGGCCACCUCCCCCAGGUGUGCUGAGGUGCUGAUGUGACCGACCUGUCUUCCAUCAGCCCCUGGCCAUGUCCACCCAUCAUCAUGCAGUGAGAGAGGGUCCCUUCCAGAGAGAGAGCUAGCCUUCCUCAGUUUCCCUCUACACCCCGGUGCCUGUCUCAGAUACUUGGCCACCUUGUUGGCUGGCUGCACAUGUGUCUCCAUGUUUGUGAGAGUAAGGGUCAUUUUUCUCCUCUGUGAAAAAGCAACUUUACAGAUGUGUGCCCCAUCAUAGACCUGAGACCCCUGGUGGUGUGGGGGUGCUGGGAGCCAAACGCCGCCUUCACUUCCACUCCCACACAUGCACUCCCACACACAUCUACAUACACACACCAGCCUCUGUACCCCCGGCAGGCAUCAUCUGUGGAGGGUGGUGGCACAGAAUAGACAGUAUGACAGUGCACUGAGUCCCAGGAAUGCCCCCUCCCGCUGCCCCCCAAAAGCGUGUGCCCCUGUCUCGUGCCGUCUCGCCCACUUGGUGCGCGCUCGCUGGGCGCUUCCCCUCCUGAGCCUGCUCCCGGCCCGACACGUGGUGCAUCGUGGUCCCCCUCUCCCUCCUCCAGGCUCCGAAGUCCAACCCCCCCAUCCCUGCACCCCCACAAGUCCCCUUUGGAUCCCCCCCCAGCCGAUUUCCAUAGGACAGAACCGUAGGCCCCUGCAUUGGUUCGUUUCUUGCCCUCCCCGGAGCCAGCGCCACCCGUGCUGCCGCCCCUCUGUGUGGAACACGUCGGUUUUCCUUUCUCUGUUAUUUAUAUCAAAAAAGAAUAAUUUAUCAAAAGGAUAUUUUAAGAAAGCUAGUCUCCGUCUUGAAACUUGUCUACCUUGACAUGAGAAUCUCCGUGUGUGAAAGGAUCGAAGCACAAACCUGUAAUCUCCGUCUGGUUCUGUACCACAGCACCGCGUCCAAUAAAGAAACCUUCGCGCC